UGGUACAGAGAGUGGCGAGAGGUCUUUGAUGGCGACAGGCUGGCGUGACGCUUUGCGUGCGAGUGUCAGAGAGACGGCUCAGACGGGAGGUUGGUGAAUGCUCGCAGCUCGGCCACGAUCACCUACACAGAGAAGAAGAAGGCUGUGGAGCUGUCUGGGUGUGAGUGAACACCCUCUAGAGGAGCUGCUGACGAGCCAUACCCGCAGUGCUUCUGUCUGUUUCUACCAUCAGCAUUUCCAGAGGUCUAUGGUCCAGCAUUGAGCAGAGACCAUGUGGUGUUUGGAGCUGCUCGUAACACUGCUGUUGAUCAUCAAAGAUGCCAGUUGCCAGUGGAACGUCUGGGUGCCCCGGGACAUCUCAGCCAUGACUAACUCCUGCGUGGUCAUCCCCUGCACCUUCAUGUAUCCAGCUGGCGUCAGGCCGUACCGCGGCAUCCACGGUAUCUGGUACUUUGGCCAGCCCUACCCUCAGCUCUUCCCUCCGGUGGUCUUCAAAACGCGCACGGACGUCGUGCACGAGAGCUACAAGGGCCGCACCAAGCUGCUGGGCGACCUGCACCAGAGGAACUGCACUCUGCUCAUCAACAACAUUGGCACAGAGCACUCGGGGAGAUACUACUUCCGCGCCGACCUCGGCGGAGCCAACAUGUACACGUACCCCGACUUUGCUGAGCUCAAAGUUCUCGAUCAACCCAACAUCGACGUCCCCGAGGAGAUUGUCAGCGACGAGAAUCUGGAGUUGACAUGUUACGCCCCUGACAACUGCCCCGACAUGACUCCGGAGAUCCAGUGGCUGUACACCGACUACCUGCCCGACCCGGAGUUCUCCACCGACUACCUGGAGGAGAGCAACACGGCGGUGCUCUCGAGCACCCUCACCUUCGUACCCAGACCCAUGCACAACGGACAGCUCCUGGGCUGCAGGGUCUACUACCCCAACACCACACUGGUCUACGAGAGGCUCGUCUCUCUGGACGUCAAGUAUUCGCCACGUUCGGUGUGGGUCAAUAUGUCCUCGGAGGUGAUGGAGGGCAGUUCCGUCGUGCUGCACUGCGAGGUGGACAGCAACCCUCCGUCCAAGAUCUCCUGGAUGUUUGGAGACCAAGAGCUGCUGUGGGACACGGCGUCCAACAUCUCGCUCCCCCUGGACGACGUGACGCCCGCGCAGGAGGGAAUCUACACCUGCGUCGGCGACAACGGCUAUGGCAUGAUGAAUACCUCACUCUACCUGGCUGUCAAGUACCCUCCGCGCGAGCCCCUGGUGAACGACUCCAUGACGGUCCAAGAGGGCGCCUCGCUGGCCUUGCACUGCAGCACCCAGGGCAGCCCGGCCCCGACCCUCACCUGGCUCAAAGACGGCGAGCUGGUCGGCACCAUCACCGCCGACGAGCUGUCGGUGCUGGAGAUCGUGGAGAUCACGCCGCGGGGAGACGGGCAGUACCGCUGCCUGGCCGAGAAUGAGCACGGCCGGGCCAGCAGUUCCCUCAACGUCACUGUCGAGUAUGCCCCCGUCCUCCUGGAGGAGUCAAAGUGCACCGUGGUGAGGGAGGGCGUCCAGUGCGUCUGCAUGGCCACGGGCAAUCCCGAGCCCACCAUCGAGUUCUACCUGCCCGACGUGAACGUCACCAUCAACGAGACGGACGGCCGGUACAACUUCUACACACACACAGACGGACACACCUCCACGGGAAUGAUCAAGCUGCGGGAGAAAGGGGAUCGGUUCGACAACGGCGGCCCGGCCGUCAACGUCCACUGCAGCAUCUCCAACAUGCACGGACGAGAGAGCGUACUCCUGGAGCUACAGCAGGAGAAAAAGUACAUGAUGGCCGUCAUCGUUGGCACCAUUGGAGGAGUGGCGGUCAUAGCCUUCAUCAUUGCAGCAGUGAGAUACGUCGGCCACAACAACAAGAAAGAGAAUGGCAACCCUAGGCAGGAAGUGGUCCUGGAGAACCCAGCGUUGUACUACAGCGCAGUCAAGAAGGACAAACAAAAUCUGAGGAAGAAAGUGCUUAAGACAGAGCUGUUGGGCUCAAAGUUUAACUCCAUUCUAGAGGAGACUACGGGAGAAGACGGGGAUUAUCAACCUGUGGGCUCUAUGGCGGGACUGGAGAAGCAAGAGCUGAAUUACGCCGCUCUGGAGUUCAUCGGGGCCAGGCCUAGGGAGGGGGCCUCGGGGAGGGGGGAUGACGGCAGCAACUACACGGAAAUCAAAGCCAAAUGAAUCGCGAUCCUUCCCUGAUCCCUCGGCCGAGCGAGACGCAGUGGCAAACCCCGUAUCACACACAUGAUCCGCCCCAUAAACUGUAUAGUAACUCCCCUCCUCUACUGGAUUCCCCUCUGCAUACGAUGACUCUUUGAUUCUCAUUUCUUCAUAUUUGUUACAUAUAACGCAUCACUUGAUGCCAGUACUUCCCCCCUCCUCUCAUGCUGUCCCCUCUCCCACGCGAUGCCCCUUCAUACGCCACAAUUUGGAAAAACUGGUACUUUCUGGGGAUCUUAGCAUGACUCAUUGGAACAAUGUAAAAUAAAUUAUUAACAUUUUCUAGCCUCAGUUGUAAUGCAUGGGCUCUAAAACAUGCAGUGAUAACAAGUGGCCAUGUGUUUUUUUUUAUGUUGCUUUCUCCACAUCCGUCAUUGCAAUUGUUGGAGUUGUCAUCGAAUGAACGUACAUCUGAGUGCUCGCAUCCAUCUCACUGUUCCCUCGUACAUCCGUCUCUCUUGUAACUGUCACUGUGUCUGCUGCCAGCCGAAGCAUCGGGGCAGGGGGUAACCGUGCUUCCUGUUCUCUUCCUGUUUAUGCAUGUCUGCGGAACGAGAGCGAAACCCUCUCCUCUCUCUUCUUCGGUUAUUUACAUCCCGAGGAGGAGGUAACCAACUGAAGUGGGAGACGGAAACGCGUCUCCGAAUCUUGUUUCCUCACAAAUGUAUUUCGUGUGUGCUGUGACGCAGUAGCCUCUCAUAUUGAAUGAUAAAUGAAAAUGUCCACCAUCGAUUUUGAUGAUAAUUGAAGAGGUUUUAAAUUGAAGUAGAUCACUGUCCGGUUCUGAAAUGUGUCACAGCUUCUCUUCAGCAUCCAACAGUCGAAUGUGUAAAGUUUUUUUUGAAGGGUUUCCCACACCAUGGCCAACGCAAAACGUCUGUCUCAUCUUCUAUUUUGUCUCCUGGGCCUAGCUCUAUGAUUGAUCUAUCUUGGGGGGGGGGGACAGACCUAAAGCACAUCAUACUUACACGCGAGUGGCCAAAGUGUUAUCUCUUGUAGACAAUGUGUUUGCGUGCGUGCGUGCGUGCGUGAGUGAGUGCGUGUAUAUUUAUAUUGUGCUGAAAGAUCACAGGACCCUGCUCUCUGGGGUCUUUGGGAAGUUCGAGCAUCACCUCACUCAACAAGGCUGAUGUUUAUUUCUCGCGGGGUUGCAUCAGACAUUUGAAUGACAAAAAGUGAUGCUGAAAUUAGCCGGCUGCUUGUGCUAUUCAAAGUCAUUCGAUCAACCCGUGACGUAAUAUCAAAGUUCACUAAUGGUCUAACGUGAUAAUGAUGGUGUCAAUAAUAUAUUAAUAUAAUAUGUAUAUUGAGAGGGGAUGAUAGGAUGUAUAGUAAAUACCCCGCAUGAGUCUUGUGCUGGCAGGCGCACAGGAGGAAGGAUGAAGAGCCAGUGUGCAAAUUGAAAAAAACCAACCCACAAAUCAUUCAACCCCUCUGACCGAACAUUGUCUUGAUAUGAGCGUACACCAGAACAGUACCCAGCUUCUUAUUCUUGGGUGGGGGAGCCUUUUUCCUAUCAAGGGCCAUUUCAAUUUUUUAUAACAAUCCUUCGACGGCCAUGUUAAAUUAUUGGACACACAUAUCGCACUAACUUCCCCAAUGUGAACUGCUGACAUUUCCCACCCAUGCUCUAACUAGUGUGCACUGUACUCAAAGUGAAACCAGAGGCCAUGCCUACAUAAAGGGAAUAAUUUCACUGUGACCGCAGUUGAUUUUCAAGUAAACCUGUCGUGUUAGUCUGUUUUCUUCAAACCGUUCUACCCAAGCAGUGGGUGACAGGGUUUUAAGAGGAAAACCCUGUCCUGCCUCCUGGCCUAGUCCCUAGUCAGAGGGUAGAGCUCCAGUAACGAAGCUACGUGACCCAUAAUGCAGCCGACAGCAUCUUUUCAUUAAACCCUCUUAUAAUCCUCCAUUACUCCAUAUCAUAUCCUAGUUUGUUUUUUUUACUCUGCUGACUGAUAGAUCAGUUGUCAAGCUCAGGUCCAGAUAACCACAGUGACAUCACCGGGGCUCAUGUUUCUCCGACUUUGCAAAGCAAAUCUACUGCAGAACCUCAGUGGACAAUUAACAACAGUUGCUGAGCAGUGCUGCCCAUGACUAAUACUUGACCUUUAUGUCAGUAAGUUGGUGGAAUUCCCAUGUGUCCUCCCACCCAGAAGGCUGCCACUGCGCCCUUUCCCCCACUCUCGUUCUCCUGUUCCUCCACUUUGCAUCGUAUCUUGCAGGACAUUCGCUUCUUCUUGAAAAACAGCUCAUAGACACACUGGACUGAUUCACACGAUAAUUUUCAAUAAGACAGCAGGCUGUUAUUUAUGGCUUUUUCCGAUGGCCUUGUUGGAAGGCGUGGUGAAAAAAUAUUUUCUCCGAAUGAAUAAUGCCAAACUAUUACCUAGCAGUUAGUUUUACUCCAUAAGAAACGAUUACUAAAAUACUCACAGUAACAAUUUGACUUUCCAAAACGAUUUACUUCAUCGUGUUGAGACAUCGAAUAUGCGACCUGUUCACUGAUUUUUCCUUCCACGACAGACGCCAUUACGCAGCUCGUACUGAGGUCACGUGGAAAGUAAAAUCAAAUGUGGGGGGAUUUGCAAUCGUCUCUUCAUGAAGACUGAAACUAAUUGCUACGACCAAGGCUUUAUACAUUUAUGUUUUGAAACAACAUUGCACUGUGGCUGCCUCAUUUAGAAUUAUUAUAAUUACAUAACGUAUUAUAAGUAAGGCAGCAACGCGUCUCCGUGAGUUGUUUUUAAUUGGUUUUGCAAUUAGUGGGAUUUUAAAAUGCAACAAAGGUCUCUGAUUGUGGUAUAUGAGGUUGGACUGUUCAUAGGCGGCAAUGGCAACAUGCCGACAACAAGAAGCCUCGGGUUGCGAAAAAGAAAAUGAUAAUGAUAUAAGUAUAAAAGAUACUUCUUUUUCUGACGUCAAACUACCCGUACAAACAUACAAAAGGCCAGAUUCUGGUGUUUUUGAACAUUAUUUACAGGUCAAAACUGGUUGAAGCGUCAGUUCUCUGUACAUGUAAACAAAGCCAGUGUUGAUUCCUAUCAAGCUUUAAUUGGGACACUGUUCUGUGGACUUGAUGUUGGAGGGUUUCAUACAGUUUGGUGGCAAGCCUUCUUAAAUUGCCUGUAUGCACAAAGUCAAUAACCAGUUUCCUGUCUUUAAAAAAUGCCUCAUGGGGGGAAUUUGACUUUUCAUUUGUUCACAUUUAAAACGUACCUAAUCUUUUUGGUUGUGUGUUGUUGUAAAGUAGAUUUCUAUGUGGUAUAAUUUAUGGUGAUCAUAAUUGUUAUCAUGGAGAGUUUCUUUUCUUUUUUCUACAUACAUGAUUGACACAAUAAUUCAGAUGGGGGUGUACGCAAAUGUCUGCAAAUUAUCACUGUUAACACAGUAGGAUUUCUGCAAUGAUGUCCUUUUGCUUCCUCUUUUGUUUUUAAACACUUUCACAACUCAAGCAAAUGCAUAUGUCUUCAGUUCCAUGCAAACGCAAAUAAAAGAAAAACAACAA